AUGCCGACUACCUGCUAUCUAUCAAUCCUCCUGCUCCUCGGAGUUCUCACUCUGGCGGCGCCACUUGGGGCGACGAUUUCUACGGCUGCUGGCGGUGGAGCCAAUAAGACAGCGCACGAGCUCCUCCCAAAGUUUGGUUUACCCAGGGGGCUCCUCCCCGGCAAUGUGGUCAACUACGCCAUGUCCAAAGACGGAGAGGUGACUGUGGAGCUUUCGGAGCCCUGCUAUAUCCAGUUCUCUGAGCUGGCCUACUAUGAGAAGAUCAUCACGGGGCGGAUCUCCUACGGGCUCAUCUCCGGCAUAUCUGGUAUUCAGGUGAGGAAGUUCUUACUGUGGGUGGCCAUCACCAACAUCGCCGUCGACAGGGAGAACAACAGCAUUCAAUUUAACAAUGGGCUCCUCGCUGAGAAGCACCCCUCCUCCGAGUUCGACAGCGUGCGACCCUGCGAGAAGUGGGUCUCCUCUAAAGAUGGCGACGAUGACGACGGCAGUGCAUCACUCCUAGGUCCCUUGUGA